CAUGGUUUGGAAUUAAUAUUAUCUAGUUGCAUAAUCGAUGAGAAUAACCCAUUUGUGAAAGAACGUGCCAUUGUAUGUUUGAAGUUUUUGUUGGCAAACAAUCUUGGUAAUCAAAAGUUUGUGAGGGAUCUCGAAGCCAAGAGUUCGGUUGAUGACGAAGUACUUAAGGAUGUAGGUCUCGAAGUCGAGAUUGAAAACGGAAAAGUUAGUUUAAAGAAAAAUCCUACUAAGUAG